AUGCUACAGACCAUUUACGAGGGUGACUCCUACUUCUCCAGCGACAGCUUUGGCAAACUCCGGAUGCCUCAGGAACCCCACGACAGUGACAUGCACAACGUUAACAACUCAGUGGACGUUAAGCCUGAAGUACCACUGGCUCUGGAGCCUGCGUCUCCACUAGAUCUACGGACAGACGUGAGGAUGCCGGCCCUGGGCUCGGACCCCAACGUGUGGGAGCGGCAGCUGCAGCAGGAGCUGCUCCUCAUUCAGAAGCAGCAGCAGAUCCAGAAACAGCUUCUCAUAAACGAGUUCCAGAAGCAGCAUGAGAACCUGAUUCGCCAGCACCAGGUCCAGCUGCAGGAGCACCUCAAGCUGCAGCAGGAGCUGCAAGUGAUGAAGCAGCGGCAGGAGCAGCUGGAGAAGGAAAGGAAGUUGGAGCAGCAAAACCAGGAAAGGGAACUGGAGAGACAUCGGCGCCAGCAGCAGGUCCUAAUCCUCAGAAGCAAAGAGCGGGCACGAGAGAGUGCAAUGGCUAGCACAGAAGUUAAGCAGAAACUACAGGAGUUUUUGUUGAGCAAAUCCACAAAGGACACAGCGUCUAAUGGAUCCUGCCAUACAUUCACACAGAACUCCAAACUGUGGUUCACUGCCUCCCAUCACACCUCUCUGGAGCAGAGUUCACCUCCUCUGGGAGGAGUGUCACCGUCAUGCAAGUUCCCUUUACCCUCCCUACCGGACUGCAGGGAUGAUUUCCCUCUGAGGAAGACUGCCUCUGAGCCAAAUCUGAAGGUACGCUCUAGGUUGAAGCAGAAGGUUGCAGAGAGGAGGAGCAGCCCUCUUCUGAGGAGAAAAGAAGGAACUGUCAUGACACCUUUCAAAAAACGAGCCCUGGAACUAAUGGAGUCGACAGCCAGUAGCAGCUCCACUGGUUCAGGCCCCAGCUCUCCAAAUAGAGCCUCAAGUUUUCCAGGGGCUGACAAUGGACCAUCACCUCUACCAUCCACCAUUCACACUGAGCGUUGGCCCUCACAGCCGAAGUUGCUUGGCUCUGAUGGUUCAGUGUCCAUGUUGAGUCUCUACACAUCACCGUCUCUGCCUAACAUCACGCUGGGCCUCUCCGCUGCCUCCUCCCCCAUCAGUGCUGGCGAGGGCAGUGGAGUGCUGCCUGUCAGGCAGGGUUUGCCCGCUCAGCUCUUGGGUCCUGUGCCUUUACCAGUCAGCAUGGAGAGUAAAGUGAGCAGCAGCCAGCAAGCACUCCUACAGCACCUCCUGCAAAAGGAGCAGCUCCGCCAACAGAAGAUCUUCUCCACUGGCCAAAGUGCUGGGUCUGUGCACCCUCCCUCUCCUCUGGCCAUGACGGAGCGUUCCUCAGGCAGCGUGCGGCCCAAAUUGCCACGCCAUAGGCCCCUGAACCGUACCCAAUCUGCACCACUGCCCCAGAGCAUAUUAGCUCAGCUUGUCAUCCAGCAGCAGCACCAACACUUCCUUGAGAAGCAGAAACAGUAUCAGCAACAGGUCCACAUAAAUAAGCUGUUUUCCAAGUCCAUCGAACAGCUGAGGCAUCCGAACGGGCACCUGCACGAGUCGGAGGAGGAAGAGGGAGAGGAUGCGUUUGAUCACGCCAUGCAAGAGGACAGCUCGCCCUCUUCUGGAGUCAUCCGCAAGUGCAGCCCCAGCCUCAGGAGCAGCAACAGCAGCAUCCACAGUCCCAGAAUGCUCAGUGAAGAGGCAGAUGCUCACGCUAGGGUUAUUAGAAUCAAACAGGAGCCUGCUGACAGUGAUGAUGAAACACAUGCCAAAGAGAGCCUAGCAGAGAAGAAGAGUGCUUACCUUCACCAGGUGGAAGGAAGGCUGGUAAUACAGGCUAUGAACUGAUCUUAGGCAUGAGCACAUACACAUGUACUCAUGUACACAUGUACACAUAUACACACACACACACACACACACACACACACACACACACACACACACAACUCAUGCCAGGUUAUGCCACCACAAGCCCUUUUGGACUAUAGACAUUUGUGACCUUGUGAUGUGAUCUCUGUAUUGUAUGCUGUAAUGAUCUGUAUAUAAUUUGAAUAAGAAGAAAAAUCUAGACUGGUAUAUCUUUUAAAAGCUGAAUAAGCAUCUCUGUUUGUAAAAAGACUUUUGAAUUGUAAUUACUUUCCCUUUCUACUUUUGAUCCACCCACUGGAAAAAGAGCUGCACUAGAGCUCAUGUAGAAUAAUCACUGACUUUUUUUUUUCUUCGUGACACUUUGAACUUCGCAUAGCUUUCAUUUCGGAUGAUUUCGCUCAUUUAUUGUUUCCAGUGUAAACUGCAACAGGAGCACAGCUAUAGCAUCAGUAUCCUCACUGUUACUGUGUAAUAGCACUCUGUGUCCUGGGUUCUCCCAGGGGGUCUGUAUCAAAGUUGUACUCUGGUCCCAGAGUAGUGCUCGGCUUGGCGGCUCACUCACAGUGAGAGAGGGCUGAGCAGGAAAUGCCUGGUGGAAGCCAGGAACCAGAGUGAUUCAUGAGCACAGGAAUGUUGGGAGAGGACGGGUUCAGCGUUCAGCAAAGUCCAAGAGGCCAGUCAUGAGCCCUGAUUUACUAUCGGGGCAAAUUACAAAACGAAUAGGGAAACAGUGGAACGAGUCCCUAUUUAAAACCAAUAAUUUCCUGUUUAGACCACCGUAAUGUGUACACCCCCACAUUAAGAUUUUGAUAUCUGUUCCUUCUAUGUAUGUUUUCAAGGUGCGAUUCCUUAUUGCUGAUUAUUUCUCCUCUCAGAAUGGCCAGAUAAAAAUAACUUUCAUAUUUCCCUAGCUACCGUCUUUCUUGUAACUUUCCAUCAUUUGUCAUGUUUAACCCUGUCAAUGUAAAAGCAUUAGUGCGAGUAAUAUGUGUGUGAGAUCCUGUGACACAAUUCUGCCAUAUAUACAAAAACUUGUUCAUUAUAUGUGACUCACCAUACCGUCUUUAAAAGUAAAGCAUUCUGGACAUGUCUGCCUGUG